CAAGUGACACAGUCUUUGUUAAUUUUGAAAUAUGUUCAAAUUAAAUACACAUGACAUUUAAAACUAGAGCUUGAGCCUCUAGAGCUGAAAUCCAUGAUAGUAAAACUAAUUAAAUCGUCCCAUACAGACAGCCAUGCCGGUACUGGAGGUGAUCGUGAGCCUGAUUGGCUGGUUCUGCCUCUACAUGCUGUUCCUGUGGAUCUUCAGUCAUCGGGGGGCCGAGUGGAACUGCCGGCUGGUCACGUUGUCCCACGGCAUCCUCAUAGUGCUGCUGACGGCGUACGUCAUCUUCAUAGACGGACCCUGGCCUCUUACACAUGCAGGUACAGAGAACACCGAGCUCCAGACUUUCGCCCUCACCGUCUGCCUCGGCUACUUCUUCUUUGAUUUGGGCUGGUGCAUAUGCUACCACACGGAGGGCCCUGUCAUGCUGGCGCACCACGCUGCGAGCAUCAUGGGCAUCCUGCUGGCUCUGCUCAUGGGAGUGUCAGGCUGUGAAACCUGUGGAGUCAUCUUCGGCAGCGAGAUCACUAAUCCCCUGCUGCAGACCCGCUGGUUCCUCCGUCGGGUGGGCCUGUACGACAGCCUGCUGGGCGACGCGGUGGACCUGCUUUUUAUUUUACUGUUCGCCACUAUUCGCGUGGGAGUCGGCACAGCAAUGUUUUACUGCGAGCUCACAUCUCCCAGGACCACACUGAUAAUGAAGCUCGGCGGUGUGGUUAUGUACGGACUAGCCUGGGUGUUCAUGGUGGACAUCGCCAGAUUUGGCUACAGGAAAAGUAGGGGCAAGUAUAUAAAGUGGCUGGAGAACCACAAACUCAAAAAAGAAAUCAAUACGCAAAAACCGGACGGACAUUCAGAGGAGAGUAAAGAAUGAAUUAAUCAUGAAGAGAGUUAAACUCACAGUAGUUCGUCUGUGGACAAAAGCUUACAGAGCUUAUCUGCUGUGUUUAUACA